AUGAAGAGUUCUCUUAAAAUGUGCCUGGGCCUGGUGGUGCUCCUGAUUUGCAUGCUCUCGGGCAAUGCAUCGCUGGAGAGGGAAAACAAUGAAGUGAAUAACUUGGCGAAUCACAAACUCAGCGGAGUUAUACAGUGGAAGUACGAGAAGCGACCCUUUUGCAAUGCCUUCACAGGAUGUGGACGCAAGCGUACUUCGUAUCCCUCGUAUCCGCCCUUUUCGCUGAUAAAACGCAACGAGCUUGAAGAAAAGCCCUAUAACAAUGAGUAUUUGUCGGAGGGACUGAGUGAUCUGAUCGAUAUCAAUGCCGAGCCAGCUGUGGAGAAUGUGCAGAAGCAAAUAAUGUCCCAGGCGAAGAUCUUCGAGGCCAUCAAGGAGGCCAGCAAGGAGAUCUUCAGACAGAAGAGCAACAGACAGAAAAUGCUGGAGAACGGACAGCGGCUACAAAUGCAGGAGGAGCGUGAGAAUAUUUAAAGGCCAACGAACUGACGACCCCCCCACGCCAACCCGCCACGACACCACAUCGAUAGUUAUCACAACGGUUCUGUUAUUGUAUAUAAUACAUACAUACAUACACUAUAUAUCUAUAUAUUUGACCCUGAAUUAAGAGAGAGAUUCUACAUUGAAAGCAUCCAAUAAAAAUUGUUGACUUGA